UUUCCCCUGGCGCGCAAGAACAGGCGAGCGCCUCCCCUCCCGGGCGUUCUGUUCCUCUUCCUCUCUUCCUCCCUCUUCUCCCCUAGGGUUAGGAUUUUGUGAUGGAAAUUUGAGACCUUGUACCAUGGAUUCGCUGGGAAUGGAGGCCCUUCCCUCCUCUUGACCUCGGAGGGGUCGAUUUUGAUUCGUUGAAUUCCCUUCGCGAUUUUGUUGGCCGAUUGGUUUUUCCCUCAUGUGGUGUUUCUGUUUGUGUGCUGCAGGGGAAAUCGCUUGGUUUUGGCACCGCCUGCGAGGCAGGCCAGGCCACGGCAGCGGUGCAGGCGCACCACGAGCUGGUGGCGCGAGCGCUGUCGAGGAGGGCUUGCUUGGCAGAGACGCAGGCGGCGGCGCUCAAGGGCUAGUGCAGCAGAGCCACCGCGCGACUAACAGGCGUGCGCAGGCAGCAGCAGCAGGGAGCGUCCAGCGUGCAGCAGGCUACCAGCGAGAAGCAACGGCUGGAGCAGGCACGAGCAGAGCAGCGGCAAGGCGCAGGCAACCUGUUUGAUGAAUUGCUUUCAAGGGGGAGACACAGCAGUGCAGGCUGACCGCUGCUGCAAAGAAAAUGAGAAGCUAUCUGCUGGCUUUGUACCAAGAAGAAAAUAGGCACCACACCUCAACCAACUGAGCUACAAAUAUGGAUGCAUUUCAGCGUCAGAUACCUUGAGAAAGACAGCAUCAGCUGGCGGGAUGCUCUGAAACAUGUCGCCCUCGACAAACUGCAUGUUGCCCAAAGCGGAUGUUCUAUCCCCCUCAUAAGGUAUACCCCCACAAGGAACGGUCAGGAUGAGAUGCGUAUUGCUUGGCGAUUGGUGCAAAUACCUCCUACGAAGUUGACGUGGACAUCAUUAUACUCGCGGAUUUACAGAGUGGCAGCUCUUCCAUGACUGAACGGUCAACUCAAGAAAACCCGAUAGGUCAUUGCCUUUCACACCAGAACAGGUUUUAUCUAGGAGAGAACCUUGCGUUAGAAGGAAACUAGGCUUCUAGAGUCUUCUGCAUCUAGUGCCAGUAGGCAUAUCUGUAAAUGCAAGAUGGAGAAGGGAUUCGUGAUCUAGACCUGAUGGAAACUACAGGAUUUGGCGAUGGUGAGGGAAUGAGCGGAGUGCAAGAAGAGCCUGUAGAAAAUAGAGGAUUAGGCGGCAAAAAUUGGGGCGCCGAAGCUCGUGCAUAGCAUAUGGAAACCGGAGCAUUUGAAGCCUCGAAGGCUGCAGGCCGCAUGGAGCUUAGCUGCCAGGCAUCAAUCGAAGAGGAGAAGAAAUCAACAAGCAAUGCAAUCUUACGAAGUGGUGAGGCAGGAGGAUUUCCUCCACGGCCACGUCGCGGGAAACGCGCCCGUGAAGGUCCAAAUGAACGAAUAGCCCCAGAAGAUGAGGAAGAUGCGGUGACAAAGGCUAUACGCCUUGCAGCUGAACGGCCAGACCAGCCAAUAUUUUUCCCUUACAAAGGAACUGUGUUCAACAGCUGCGAUGAGGCGAAAGAGUUCUACAACUUAUACUCCUGGGAGAAAGGUUUUGGAAUAAGAAUAGGGCGAGGAUGCAAGAACAGCAAAGAGUAUAGAACUAGGCAAGAUUUUGUCUGCUCGUGUGAGGGAACAGACAAGAGCACAACAGCAGCUUCAAUCAGGACUAAAUGCAAUGCAAUGAUUAGACUUCUCAGACAAAAUGAUCAUUCAUGGUACAUCAGCAGGGUGGUUGACACACACAACCACCCAUUUUCAGCAGGCUAUGGUGAAAACAAGCAAUGGAAAUCGCAUAGUGACAUAAAUCCACUAGCAAAGGAUUUGGUUAAGAAGCUUAGGGAGAACAAUAUAAGUGUUGGGAGGAUCUGCAACAUCCUAGGUGUGUCGGAUGCAACCUCAAGCAAAACAAUGAGAAAGGAGUCUAUACGGUCCUUGUGUGCAAAACUGUCCCAAGAAAACAUGAAAGAUGAUAUUGGAAAGACAAUGGGACUUUUGGAGGAUAUGAAGAAGACUGACCCUGGGCUUGAAGUAAGGUUCCAAAUGGACAACAGUGGCGCGAUGAAAACAAUGCUUUGGUGCACCGGUAAAAAUAGAGUGGACUACGAGAAUUUUGGAGAUGCCAUAACAUUUGAUACAACCUACAGGACAAACCUUUACAGCUUGCCAUUUGGUCUUUUCGUUGGUGUAAACAACCAUUUCCAGUCAAUAGUGUUCGGAGGGGUGCUUCUAACAUAUGAAAAAACAAUUGAUUUCGAAUGGGCAUUCACAAAUUUUGUAGAAAUAAUGAAUGGUAAAGCUCCCCUGACAAUGCUAACAGACCAGUGUGCCGCCAUGGCAAAGGCGAUAAAAUCAACACUACGGACUACAAGGCACAGAUGGUGCAGGUGGCACGUGCUGAAGGAUGCAAAAAAGAAGCUUGGGAACAUCUACUCAAAACGUAAGAAGUUCAAGCGUGAAUUCAAUAAACUAAUAACUGAUAAGAUUGACAUAAGAAGGUUCGAGAAUGAAUGGGUAAAACUACUAAAGGAAUACCGCCUUGUCAAGAACAAGUACUUGAAGAGGUUGUUCAAGCACCGGGACAAAUGGGCUAAACCAUAUUUCAUGGACAUAUUCUGUGCUGGAAUGACCAGCACACAAAGGAGUGAAAGCGCAAAUCAUAUGUUAAAAAAGUUCAUUCAACGGGUUGCACCAAUGCACCUUUUUGUGAGUAAAUUCAAUGAGCUGCAGAGCGACAGACACGACCAGGAAGGAAAAGAGCAGCAUUCUACUAAACAGGUUCUCAGAAAAAAGCUAAGAGUAGGGGUUCCAAUAGAGCGCCACGCAAGCACGGUGUACACAAGAGCAAUGUAUGAGAAAUUCUGUGAUGAGCUAUUUGAGUCAGGAUCAUUUGCCAUAUUUAAGAGUAUCAAUGCUAGUGAGUUCAUUUUAGUAGACACAAAGAACGAAGAGGAAAUAGAAGCUAAGCAUUUCAGGGUGAAGCUAGAAGGAGAUAAUAAGAUCAGUUGUGAAUGUGGUUUCUACGAACAUAUGGGCAUGCUUUGCCGCCAUACUCUCAAGGUCCUCGUCCAUCUGGACAAAAUGGAAAUCCCAGCUGGAAACAUAAUGAGAAGAUGGACAAAGGAAGGGCACAUACCAUGUAAAGAAACAUCGAUAUCUUCUGCCUUGGAGCAGCAAUCGCAUAAUAUGCAGAGAAAGAUGCUUCUGGCAAAAGCUUGUGAACUUACCAAGGUGGAUGACAAGGGACGACUCGUCUCUUUUGGUAAAACAAUUGAAGAAGUAAUUGGCAAUUCCAUGGUAAGUGAGACAUCAGGUCAACAAAUUGAAGUUAAAGAUGCAACAACUUCUUGGCCAACCUCGAAGCCCACAUCCUGUCCUCCCCGAACAAUAUUCGGUGGAAGGCCACCAAACACAGGACUAAAAUCAUGGAUUGCAAGCACUAAGAAAUAUGCAGCGUGCCAAGCCGAUGAUCCAACCACUAAAGCAUCAGAGUGGCCAGAGGAAGAGAACCCAGCCAAGAAGAAAACAAAGUCCAUUUUAGAACUUAUGCAGUUGAAGUAACCGUUCAAGUUGCCUUAAUUAUGUUACCGGUAUGCGUAUGUAAAACUAAUGCUCUUUUAUAUUUGGAACCAAUAAUACACGCAUUGUAAUCUUAUUAAAUUUGAACUCAAUAUGAGCAUUGUGUCCAGUAUACAAUCACUACUUUUAUUUA